UGCCAGCAGUGUGUAUGAGUACAGCCAUGAAGGACUUCACAGAGGAGAAGAUUAAAAUACCAUUUGCCAAGAAAUCUCUGGAUGCUGUUCUAUCCAUUCCUAAAGAUCACAAUGGUGUAUUAUAUGGAGUCAUUCUCACACACGGUGCUGGGGGAGACAUGAACUUUGCUCACUUGGUGUCUCUGGCGAGCCACUUGGCAUCUCAUGGAUUGCUCUGUCUACGAUUUACAUGCAAAGGACUCAAUCUAGUUUACAGAACCAAAGCGUACAAUUCUGUGGUGAUGUAUAUCAAAUCUCUGGAUGAUUAUAACAUUGGUGGCAUUUUCCUUAUAGGCCGAUCCAUGGGCUCCCGUGCUGCUGCUUGUGUGAUGAGAGGAGCUUGUGAAGAAGACGAUGAUACAGUCCAAGGCCUGAUUUGCCUGUCAUAUCCGUUACACCCGCCUAAUGCAAAAAGCAAGCUCCGGGAUGAAGAUAUCUUGCAGAUAACAAAGCCGAUGCUGUUCAUCUCUGGUUCAUUGGAUGAAAUGUGUGAUAAGGCUUUGUUGAUGAAGACCGUUAAAAAAAUGAAAGCUCCUGUACAAGUCCACUGGGUUGAAAAUGCCAAUCAUGGAAUGUCUGCCAAAGGAAAGACAGUUGAUGACAUUAUGACAGAAAUAAAUGAACAGACUUUGUCCUGGAUUCAAGACAUAUUGAAGCUGUAA